GAUGGUUUGGUGUGAGUGAGGAGGGAUUGCACCUGAGACCCCGCCACCAUGCUAAAGUUUCGUGCAGACCGCCGGGUCAGCCAUAAUGAAAGACGGAACACUUUUCUUCACCCAGUGACUGGCCAGAUCCCAGAAGAGAACAACCAGUUUGACUUGCAAAGCUCUGCCUUGGACAUGUCCAACAAAGCAAGCAACAAGCGGCCUGCAGCAGUCAACAGUGAACCAUCCAAUCACACUAUGGUUUCAGAGGCCUCACGUUCCUCCAGGAAGGGGAUUGCUUUCGGAAAACGCUCCAAUUCUAUGAAAAGGAAUCCCAGCGCCACAGUAACCAAGAGUGGCUGGCUCUACAAACAGGCCAGCUCUGGGGUAAAGCAAUGGAACAAGCGCUGGUUUGUCCUAGUGGACCGCUGCCUCUUUUACUAUAAAGAUGAGAAAGAGGAAAGUGUCUUGGGCAGCAUCCCACUUCUCAGCUUUCGGGUUGCAGCAGUCCAGCCGUCAGAUAACAUCAGCAGGAAAUACACCUUUAAGGUGACUGUGUGCUGGAUGGAAGAGGCACCAGGAAAUAACAAGAAGUCACUCUCUCCUCAGGCUGAGCACGCUGGCAUUCGAACUUACUUCUUCAGUGCUGAGAACAGUGAAGAGCAGGAAUCCUGGAUCCAAGCCAUGGGGGAGGCUGCCCGGGUGCAAAUCCCACCCACUCAGAGGCAUGAGAAAACUGAUUCUGAGAACAUCCCUCCUAGCAAGAACCAUCCACAUCUCCACUACCGCAGCAUUCCAGUCAGGGAGGCUACCAAAGCAGAGCCAGAGGCCAAGACCAGAGGAGAAGGUGAUGGGCGUGGUUCUGAGAGGACUGAAAGGAAACAAGAGCGAACAGAAAGCAAGAAGGAGUCACUGGUGAAAGCCAAUGGCAUUGUCAGUCAGGAAAUGCCCUCGGAGCCUGGAAGCCCUUAUCCAGAAGAUCCACGGGUACCAUCUGGAGGGGAGAGGCCCAUCCAGCCAAAUGGCUGGCAGUACUCAUCUCCUAGCCGACCUGGGAGCAUGGCCUUCCCACAGCCUGAUAGUGAGACUGUGAUGCCUCGGCGGAGCUUUGCUCCUCGCACCAAUCCUGAAAAGAUUGCCCAGAGGAAGAGCUCCAUGACACAGCUACAGCAAUGGGUGAACCUGCGUCGUGGGGCUCCACCUCCUGAGGAUCUCCAUAGCCCCAGCAGGUUCUAUCCAAUGUCCCGGAGAGUCCCUGACUACUAUCCUGCCUACUCACCCCAAUAUUCUGAGGACUACCAGUACUAUCCUCCUGGUGUACGACCUGACAGUAUCUGUUCUAUGCCUGCCUAUGAACGUGUGAGCCCUCAGUGGUCUGUGGAUGACAAGCGGCACUCUUUCCGCAACAGUGGCUCAUAUCAGCUGCGGGAAUGGAAGGAACAACCUGGCUAUGGAAGACAGGACAUACCCAUCUGGAUCCCAGGGCCCACACGGCCACCUGUGUAUUAUGAUGAAAUGGAUGCUGCCUCAGGCUCCCUGCGCAGGAUGUCACUUCAGCCUCGCUCCCGGUCGGUCCCUCGUUCCCCAAGCCAAGGUUCCUACAACAGAGCCAGAGUGUAUUCCCCAGUCAGGUCACCAAGUGCCCGCUUUGAAAGAGUGUCUCCCCGAAGUGAGGAGAUAUAUGCUGAGCCAACUACUUACAUGAUGAGGCGAUCAGUUAGUUCCCCAAAGUAUGAUUAUCUGGGUGACAGGAGGCCUGUCCCUGCAGGGAUGUUCCCCUUCAACUAUCCAGCAUCUCCUACAGUCCACGACAAAAUGGAUGAACUGUUAGACCUUCAGUUGCAAAGAAACCUAGAGUAUUUGGACCAGCAGAUGAGCGAGAGCGAGACUCUGAUCAGUAUGGUGAACAGAAUGGUGGAGAGCUCCUCCCCUAGGGCUCAGCUGUACAUGCAAGUGUCUCAUUUCCCUGAAGCCUAUCGAGAGACGUUGCACACCUACAAGAUAAGCGAGCAAGAUACAGAUAAGCUAUUGGGGAAACUCUGUGAACAAAACAAAGUGAUGAGGGAACAGGAAAGGCUGGUACAACAACUUCGGGCAGAGAAGGAGAGCCUGGAAAGUGCACUGAUGGGGACACACCAAGAGCUUGAGAUGUUUGGCAGCCAACCAGCAUAUCCGGAAAAGCUGCUACACAAGAAGGAAUCUCUCCAGAAUCAGCUGAUCAAUAUCCGAGUGGAGCUGUCCCAAGCCAGCACGGCGCUGGCCAACAGCACCAUAGAAUAUGAGAACCUGGAGGGUGAGGUGUCAGCCUUGCAUGAUGACCUAUGGGAACAGCUGAACGUGGACAUCCAGAAUGAAAUGAUCAGUCGGCAAAUCCAGAAAGAGAUCUGGCGAAUCCAGGAUGUGAUGGAAGGACUGAGGAAGAACAAUCCCUCUCGGGGCACAGACACUGCAAAGCACAGAGUGAACCUUGGCCCAUCCGGAACUUACAGCUCCAACAGUCCAGCCAGCCCAUUGAGCUCAGCCAGCCUCACCAGUCCCUUGAGCCCUUUCUCUCUUGUCUCAGGGUCCCAGAGCUCCCCCACCAAGCAAGGCAGCAAUGAGGAGCCUGGUCCACCUCGACCUCCCCUCCCCAAAUCAUAUGUGCCCUUGGAAUCUCCUCCGACUGUCCCUCCACUCCCUAUCGAAAGCCGCCUCUGGCCGUAUCCUACCUCCCCUUCCUGGCAGCAAAGCAGCGAGGCGAAGAGGGGACAGUCCAAAUCCAGCUUUGAGCAGAGCAAGAAGGACCAUCAUGGGGCAUCAGCUUCAACUUCUACAGCAGAGACUGGGCUCUUACAGACAAGGCAGGACCACGACGCCGAAAAGCAAGUUGCUCUCAACAAAGUUGGCAUUGUUCCACCGAGGACCAAGUCACCCUUGGAUGAUGACAUCACCCCAACAUCAGGUGUGGUGAGAAGGAGUGUCAGCAACCUGUCCAAUGGACUAAACUCCCGCGAUAGACCAAAGAGUGCUGUGUUUUCAAAUGAGGUGAAGGCAAAGAUGAGUGUUGAGGAGCAGAUUGAUCGUAUGAAGCGUCACCAGAGUGGUUCUAUGAAGGAGAAGAGGCGGAGCUUGCAGCUUCCAGCCAAUCAGCAACAGACAGAUAGUCCCCUCACUAAAGCGCCUGCCUCUUACAAAGUGGUACGCAGACAUCGCAGCAUCCAUGAGGUGGACAUAUCAGAUUUGGAAGCAGCAUUACGCUCUGAAGACUCUGGCAAGAUGUAUGAGACUCCUCGAGAGGAGAUUGCUCGUCUCCGCAAAAUGGAGCUGGAACCAGAGCAUUAUGAUGUGGACAUCAGCAAGGAGCUGUCUACCCCAGACAAAGUCCUCAUCCCAGAAAGGUACAUUGAGCUAGAGCCUGACACACCCUUGAGCCCGGAGGAGAUGAAGGAGAAACAGAAGAAAGUGGAAAGGAUAAAGACGCUGAUUGCCAAAUCCAGCAUGCAGAAUGUGGUCCCCCUCAAUGAGGGAGAAAUAGACUUACCCCAAGACCCUGAGACCCAAUUACAGGAGCAGGAGAAACGGAUCGAGAUCUCCUGUGCCUUGGCUGCAGAAGCUUCCCGAAGGGGCCGCAUGCUCUCUGCUCAAUGUGCCACCCCGAGCCCUCCCACUUCCCCAGCCUCCCCGACUCCACCGACCAAGUCCCUCUCGUCUGACUCAUCCCAGGGCGCCGACAGCCAUUUUAUGCGUGUCUGAGCCAUACACACAGGCCCUGGCUGCUGCAAAUGCUGUGAAAUCCCAUGGAGCCACAUUUUAACACAGGAGUCUGCAUCCCAACACAACCACUUAACAAUGCACGCCAUGUAGCCAUUGUUACGGCUUUCUCAGCACCCCUCUCCUUGGGUUGAGCUGCAAAAACAUUCAGAAAGGAAAAAUUGCCUCUGAGGAGAAUGGAGGAGGUGGGUUCUCUCAUCUUUUCCCUGUUUUCCCUGUUGUUGCUACUACCAUGGCCAAGGACAACUUCUUCAGACAAGCCCUUCAAAAACGUUUGAAUGUGCAGGGCACAGGAGCCAUUCGACUCUGCAAGAUGCAUCCUCUGCAUCAGGACCAGCAGCUAAAGAUCAAUUCUAGCCUGGAGUAGGUGAGCACAAGAGAGACAGCACUGAACUGGAAAACAGAUGCUGAUAUAUCAGCAGGGGGAGAUAGCACUCCCCACAUCAAUGCAGCUGUCUCCUGGGGCUCUGUCCUCUUCCACCCAUUUUUCAGGGGAGGAGAGUGGUGUGAAGAGAGACUUGUCACUGCAGCUGGGGACUUCCUUACUCUCUAAAUGAAACAAGCAUCCAGUUUUUCCUUCCUCAUACUACGCACCUCUUUAGUCUCCUCCCCCACUUAGAAUGGCUUUAGCACCUUUAAUAUUUGGAGCUAAGAAACCUGUGCACGGCCAUCCGUCUCUGCCUAUGAUCAUGACCCUUCAUAGAAGAAGGAAGAAGGCAGCAUGGAUGGACAGACAGAUGGGACUUUGUGGGUGUGGUAGGUGAAGGAAAAAGAAAAGUACCAGAAACAGAAGGCCGCCAGUGUGGGGAGAGCAAAAGAGCCUUUGGGAUCUGUUUGUUUGUGAGGAUGUGAUAUGCUGGCGUUUCUUUCAUUUGCCAGGCUCAAGGUUGGGAUGGAACAGAAGGUGCGUACAAGGUGUGUGGACAUGUAGGAGGAGUGUGGGUGAAAGAUGUAUUUGAGGUCAGGAUACAAACCUUUGGCUAGGUUACCAGGUGGUACUAGUAGCCAGAUUAGACUGGCUACUAGAUGGCAUUUUAAUGCUUUCUGUGACCCAGUGAAGUCUAGUUGCCUGUAGACUCAAAAAGUGUAUGACUGGGUGUCCCCACUGGGGCUGACGAGGUGACAUCUCUUUCUUCCUGCAUGAGGGUAGUGCCACUCAGCAAACUCCCCCUCUUCCUCUUGAGUUUUUCAGGACUCACAUCGAAGUAAUGGGGCUGGGAGCAGGAAAAAACCCAAUGUGCUAGUUAGAUCCCUGUGUUCUGCACACAUGUAAGAAUUUCUUGCACCAUCCCUAGGCCCUAAUGAUGAAAACAGGAGGUUCAGAUAAAUGGAAUAUAGUGUGAACUGGAUUAGAUAGGCAGAGUCAGUCCCCGUGCUAUAUAAGCAUGCUUCUUCUAGAAAGGAUGAGGUAAGGCUUUGAUUCCUACCUUUUGUUACAUCUCUUUUUUCUUAUUUGCCAGUAGAGCAACCUGUAGAUAAUGUGGAAGCAGAGUUCUCCUCCUCUUUUACACACACAGCCCUUUCAGCCAUCUCCUACACCAAGGCUACAUGAUAAUUAUAGCUAUGACCUUUUAGAGGAAAUGAACUCCUGUGUCAAGAGUGUCGGGCCAUUGAUUCACCUGCUCCAAUAUCAUACCAUCUCAGAUGAGUCUACUUUCCCAGAUGAGCUCUUGUUGUCUUUUUAGCAGUUUGAAAGAACAUCUAAUUCAGAAGAGAGAGGAAUUAGAGAGGCAGCAAGUAUGGAGAUCUGCUCAUGUUCAAAUAGAUACCAACAGAGUUUCAUCCCCAACCACCCACUUUCCCCCCAAUUAAUUCAAGUAGUGCUGACCUCGUUUUCUUACUCUAUACUGAGUCAGGAGGAGUCUUGCCAUAUUAAGAUUCUUUUAGAAGUUUCCAUUCAGCAUAAAAAGCUGGUUUAACUCAGUGUGUUGGAGCACCUGGCUGCAGAAAAAGCGAUCAGGCAUUCAAAUCCCUACUGUGGCUCCCGGGAAAGGGAGCCAGCCAAAAUUGCCUGGAGCACGCAUGGUCCCAGAGGGCUACCAGAAGGAAUGAGGCCACGUCUGAGUAUUUUAUACUUAAAAAGACAAAACAAGAGCCCUGGAGGGUUGUCAUAAGUCAGAAUUGACAUGAUGACAUAUAAUGAUCAAUGCUGCAGCUAUCCACAGCGAGGAACAACUAUGGUGAAUCCAUUCUACAUAUCACUUAUGUAGCACAAUGGCAACUAAGUUCCCAAUGAUCUGAGUAGUGGAGAUAUACUUGGCCAUCCACCUGAUCCAUUUCUCACAUAGGUUCUGCAUUAAAGUUGGCAUGUGCUUGUAAAGAGCCUCACGGGUCAGUUCAACAACAGAGUACUGGGACGUAAACAGGGCAUUACAUAGAAAAUGCAGAGAGAGAUAUAGCACCAAAGUUGUGUUACUCUCUCACAGACAGCUUUUGAAAACAAUUGUUCUUAAACAUGUAUGCCAGUGUUUCUUCUACCAAAAUAUAGUAGGGACAUCAAUGCUAAAUAUGAAAUUGCUACACGAUCUCUCAAUGAACUAUACCCAAUAUAAGUGGAACUAGAUGAAAUCUUUCCAAAAAGGUUCCUUCACUCUUCUUCAAAUUACAUCUUUUGUUGAAGUAAUGAAAAUUAUUCUCACUAUUAAUCAGAAGAACACAGGAUACUUUUGACUUUUCACUCCCUUAAAUUGGAUUUUCAGAAGGUUACAUGAUUGGGCUUUCAAUAGUACUGGAUUGUUAGCUAUACAAUGUUCUGGGUUCUUUGCAAAAUAUGUUUGGUGGUGAUAAUUUAGACCAGUGGUUCUUAACCUUUGUUACUCGGAUGUUUUCGAACUGCAACUCCCAGAAACCCCAGCCA